UCGGGCGCCGCGGGCGGCAGGGGAGGGCGGCGCGGGAGAGGACGCGGAGGCGCGGGGGCGGCGGCGCCGAGGUGACGAGCUGCGCACCUGGAAAGUUCCCGGCGGUGCGGUCCUGGAGCAAGAUGGGCAAUGGGUCGGUGAAGCCCAAGCACGCCAAGCACCCCGACGGCCGCGCGGGGCCCCCGGGGGUGCAGGCGCUGCGGGCCAGGGUGGCCGAGCUGGAGCGCGAGCUGCGGCGGAGGGAGGCGGACGUCCAGGAGCGCGAGUACCAGCUGAAGGAGCUGCGGGAGCAGCUGGCCAAGCAGACGGCGGCCGUGGCGGAGCUCACGGAGCAGCUGCAGGCCAAGUGCGUCCAGCUCAACCAGCUGCAGGACGUGGUGCGCUCGCAGGGCGACGGCGCGCCGCAGGCCUCGCCCGGGAAGGCGCCGCUGGAAGUCCACCGCGAGGCCUCGGGCUUGGUCUCCCUGCACAGCAGGCGGGGGGCAAAGGCCGGGGUGUCUGCGGAGCCCACGAGCCGGACCUAUGACCUCAACAAGCCCCCGGAGUUCUCCUUCGAGAAGGCGAGAGUCAGGAAGGACUCCAGUGAGAAGAAGCUCAUUACAGAUGCCCUUAAUAAAAACCAGUUUCUAAAGAGACUGGACCCUCAGCAGAUCAAAGACAUGGUGGAGUGCAUGUACGGGAGGAGCUACCAGCAGGGCGGUUACAUUAUUAAGCAAGGAGAACCAGGAAACCACAUCUUUGUGCUAGCAGAGGGCCGACUAGAGGUGUUCCAAGGGGAGAAAUUCCUAUCAUCCAUCCCUAUGUGGACCACGUUUGGGGAACUAGCCAUUUUAUACAACUGUACAAGAACUGCCUCUGUGAAAGCUAUUACCAACGUUAAAACAUGGGCACUAGAUCGAGAGGUGUUCCAGAACAUAAUGAGAAGGACGGCUCAAGCUAGAGACGAACAGUACAGAAACUUCCUCAGGAGUGUAUCCUUGCUGAAGAAUUUACCUGAAGAUAAACUAACCAAGAUCAUUGACUGCUUGGAAGUGGAAUACUAUGACAAAGGAGAUUACAUUAUCAGAGAGGGCGAGGAAGGAAGUACCUUCUUCAUCUUAGCGAAAGGAAAGGUAAAAGUCACCCAGAGCACAGAGGGCCAUGAUCAGCCACAACUGAUAAAAACACUGCAGAAAGGAGAGUACUUUGGGGAAAAAGCUCUUAUCAGUGAGGACGUCAGAUCCGCUAACAUUAUUGCUGAAGAAAAUGAUGUGGCGUGCCUGGUUAUAGAUCGAGAAACAUUCAACCAGACAGUCGGGACUUUUGAAGAACUCCAGAAAUACCUUGAAGGGUAUGUGGCCAACCUGACCCGGGAUGACGAGAAAAGACAUGCGAAGAGAUCCAUGUCUAACUGGAAGCUGUCCAAAGCACUCUCGCUGGAGAUGGUUCAGCUGAAGGAGAAGGUGGCCAGAUUCUCCUCUUCCCCGUUCCAGAACCUUGAGAUUAUUGCAACACUGGGCGUUGGUGGGUUCGGAAGAGUUGAGCUUGUCAAGGUGAAAAACGAGAAUGUGGCUUUUGCUCUGAAGUGUAUACGGAAGCAGCACAUCGUGGACACGAAGCAGCAGGAGCACGUCUACUCAGAGAAGCGGAUUCUGGAAGAGCUGUGUUCUCCCUUCAUCGUGAAAUUGUAUCGCACUUUCAAGGACGCUAAGUAUGUAUACAUGCUUCUGGAGGCCUGCUUAGGUGGGGAGCUGUGGAGUAUAUUAAGGGACAGGGGCAGCUUCGACGAAGCCACCUCCAAGUUCUGCGUCGCUUGCGUGACUGAAGCGUUUGACUACCUGCACCGACUAGGUAUCAUCUACAGAGACCUGAAGCCAGAAAACUUAAUCCUAGAUGCUGAGGGUUAUCUUAAGUUGGUUGACUUUGGAUUUGCUAAGAAAAUAGGAUCUGGACAGAAGACAUGGACAUUCUGCGGAACUCCAGAGUAUGUAGCUCCUGAAGUCAUUCUCAACAAAGGACAUGACUUCAGUGUGGAUUUUUGGUCUCUGGGGAUUCUAGUGUACGAGCUCCUAACCGGCAACCCUCCCUUUUCUGGGAUUGACCAGAUGAUGACCUACAAUUUGAUUCUCAAAGGAAUUGAAAAAAUGGAUUUUCCCAGAAAGAUCACAAGAAGACCUGAGGAUUUGAUUCGGAGGCUUUGCAGGCAAAAUCCAACAGAAAGACUUGGAAAUCUGAAGAAUGGAAUCAAUGACAUUAAGAAACACAGCUCAGUGGACCCACAGACCACAGCUACUUCGACAAGUACCCCCCUGAAAAAGGAGUGCCUCCAGAUGAGCUGUCAGGCUGGGAUAAAGACUUUUGACAGAAGAAAAGAUGAUUAUUGUCUCUACAUCCAGAAGAGGACUCUAAGGACCAAUAAUCCAGCAGUGAUCGCUUCUCUCUUUGGAGUGUUAUGAUGUCUCUGGGGAGACCAUUAGGGAAGAGAAUUCUCUGCCCCUGAGUGGGGGGCAGUGUGGAUAUGAAGGUGGUUCUGAGCUAUAAUGUCUCAUUUAGAUGCUCUGAAUUAUUCAUGUAUUCUGUUAUUUGCUCUUCUCAAAUGUUGGAGGCCAUUCUCUUCCCCUCUCAACCAUCAGAACCAUUUUUGUUGACGGGGCAUCAUUUUCUCUGCGUUCUAUUGCUCCAUCCCAAUCACACUUGUCUCCUUUGAGGGCUAAUAAGGUUUAAAAAGUGUCUUGCCUUUGAGCAACUAAGUCACGCAAAUGGGAAGAAGAGCAAGGGUGAACUCCGGACGAGACUUCUGCCCUCAACAAUUCCGCGUAGGCAUUGUGGCGUCUUAAAGCCGUGGCCUACAGAAACUUGCGUAGUCGGUAUAAGCUCUUGAUUUCCCCUGCACUCAACCUAGAAACAUAUUAACAUGCAUCUAAUACUAGUCUGGGGAAAGGUCAGUUUUAGUAUUAGUCAAUGGUGCCACUUCCGAGAAAAAAUGAGUUAUCUCACCCAGCCAGUAAUCAUAUUCCUAUGGGGAACUUUGAAAAAAUAAAGCAAAAAAUAUAUUUUUUUUUUGUUUUCCUGUGACCAGCUGUGAUACAUCAGAGACUUUCUCAAAGCCUUGCUAAAGGUAGUUAUAAUGUGGGGUCAAGUGAUGGGCCUUUGGUAGACUUUUGUCUUAUAUAUUAAGUAGUUUCACAAUCAAAGUAGAAAACACGCAGGCACAAAAUUGUGAAGGCUUCUCUUUCCCAUUAAAUAUGGAGAGAAUAACUUCUCAUAGGUAAGGUUGCUGACUCUUCAAAACUGAGAUAUUUUGGCCAGUUCUGUGUUUGUUGCCAUUAAUAAAUCAAGAAUACAGAAUAACCACAGUUAAUUUUUAAUGAAAAUUUCAUUGGCUCAUGUUGAUGCCCUGUAAUCACUGUUGCAUCAAUAACUCUUUUUAAAGAUAUUUGAGUCACAAAUGUGUUUAUAAUUUUAGAUUUGUAAGGUAGGCAAGCCUCGGGGAAGUGAUGGGACUUCGGUAAAAGGGACAUCCAGCACAUGCCCUCCUGUCUCCUCACAAUCUUCCAGAUGAUGAAUAGACUAGUUUCAAUGGCACUGGAUACCAGCGCCGAAGAACUUCACUAGAGAAUGUUGUCAGGCAUCGACCGUGAACCCACCAAAUGGAUGGCAAGUAGACUUUCUCUGUAUCUUUUUGAUCUGGCAGAGUAAAAAUAACAUCAAAGUUCCUGCAUUAUUCAAGCUUCUGGUUAUAUUUUCACAUACGAAUGUUCUAUGGGAAAAGCAACUUCUACCCACUCUCCACCCAUAUUUUCAGCAUUCCAAAACAGUCAGCUGUAUGCUUCCUGAAGAGUCUAAGCAGUUAAGUGAGGCCCAACUCAAGAGGGUGCAUCCUUAACAAAUUGAAUUUCCACAUUUAGAGAAUCCUUUUGCUGAACCAAAGAAUUUUUGUUUUCUGGAGUAGUAUUUUUAAAAGAUUAUGUACUGUACAUAGAUGAACCAUUUUUAAUAGGAUCAACAUAACCUGCUUAAUGAAUUUCUAAGAUUUUUAAAGAUUUUUAUUUGCAUUUGGUUUGUAAGCAUUAUAUGUUUUUCCAUGUAUAUAUUUUUAAAUUACCCACCUAUAAAUGUAGAAAAUUUAUGCAUUGGAUGGAUAUUAGAACUCUAUAGUUAUAACAGCAAUGAUAUUCUCAGAGGAGAUCAAGAAUUGUAAUUCAAAAAAGACUUACAGAUAUACAAAUAAAAACCAACCUAGAGUACUACAGUUUUAUUUUGCCUGUGAUUGGCCAUAUCAGUAUGUCAUCUCCACACGUGAUUUUAUUUUGUUUCCUUUAGAGUACUUCAUAAAGAUAAAGAACUGAGAGAUUGAACCAUCCUGUAAUUCCAGUUCCACUCUUUCUUAGCUGAGUGAGCUUGGGAAACUGAGUUCACUUCUUUGAGUAGACUAUAACUAGCUUUCUCACCUGCAGAAGACGAUGUAGUAAAAUAGCACCUGCUUUAGAGGUCUGUUUCAGGGAUUCAGAGAGAUACCUGGUCCUUUGUGGACAUCUGUGAGAUAAUCAGUGCUGCAAAGGGGGGAGCUACUGUUACUGUCUCUAUUAGAAUUAAAGGGGACUUAAUAACCAUUUAGCCCUGAGACUAUGUGUGGUUGAUACCUAUAUGUAUAGUUAUUCCAAUUAAAUCCAGUAUUUAUCUUUUUCUUUUAAAUCAUGAAGAUUAAACUUUAGUAUGUAUGAUGAAGGGUUAAUACUUACCAAAAUGAAGUGCUUUAUUAAGAGCUCACCUACUUUUCUAAAUUCUAAUUUUUUUAUGAAAUAGGGAUAUAUAUAUAUAUGUAAAUAUAUUCUUCAAAAAUACAGAACCUAUCAUAUUCCUAAUCCCCCAAUAUACAAAUGCAUCAUAUUCCUAAUCAUCAAAUCAUUCCUGUUCUCUUUUCCAAGUACAAAGUUAAGUUUUCAGUCUUGAGUCUUCUCUGUGGGGGCAACUUUUCAUAAUUCUAGUUUCUUAAUCUUUUCUCUAAAUAUGAAAAUGGAAGGAGAGGAUUAUUAAAAAAAAAAAUAAAAGAUUUCGAGUUAAAGAGACCUGGGUUUGAAUUUUAGCUCUGCCCAGAUUUGUGUAAAUGAUAAACCACAUCUUCAUCCAUCUGUAAACUGGAGAUGUACAUGUAAAGCUUUGGGGCAUUGGGCCAGAGUAUUAUUACUUAUAGGCCAUUGACAAUAACCAUUUGGAAAUACAUACAUACAUAUAUUUCUUUCGGCAUGAUAAUAAACCCUUGUUCUUUAUUGCUAGGCAUUGUGCUAGGAGUAUUUAUGUCCAUCAUGUCAUUCACACAAGACUGUAAAAUAAUAAUAAACAUACUCACUGUCA